AUGUCCCAGAGCGGAAGGAAGGGCUGCGAUUCUGGCAUGUCUAGCCAGCGCCAUCGUUAUCUCAAAGCCUUUAAAAGUGCGGAUAAGGACGGCAGCGGUUCAUUAGAUAGGGGAGAACUGGAGGCUGCGCUGGCUUCUCAGGGAAUCCCUGCCUCGGAAACGGAGAAAUUAAUGAAUUCACUUGAUAUCAACGGUGAUGGAAUCAUCAAUCUCGGAGAAUAUGAGAUAGCUCUCGGUAUCUCCACGCAACCCAUCGAAGCGUGGAAGGAACUCUUCACUGAGUUGGAUACCGAUCAUUCGGGUGUUAUUGACUUUAACGAAUUGUGCAAUUAUCUUAGCGGCGCAGGAGGAGACGAGUUUAUACCCGUGCUGAAGGAUUGGAUGGAUGAUUAUGACGUUAACAAGGAUGGAAAGCUCAAUUAUAACGAGUUUCUAGGAUUUGUGUCCUCUUUAGAAAACUAA